AUGGAGGUUGCCAUAUCUGCAGUUACAGGUGAACUUUUGAGCAGGUUCAUCUCCUUCCUGAUGAACAAGUAUCGCUCCUCCUUAAGCCAUGCACACUCAAAGGAGCAAAAGAAGAUGAUGGAGAGGUUGCAGCACCUCCUGAUGAGGGCUGGCACCAUCGUUGAGGAGGCGGACGCACGGUACAUAACCAACUCUGGAAUGAUGACACAGCUCAAGAAGCUCUCAGAGGCCAUGUACCGAGGAUGCCGCGUGCUGGACACCUUGAGGUACGGAACCCUCCAAGACAGUGGAAGCUUCGACGAGGUUAGCAACGACUCAUCCAUCAGCUGCUUGUAUUUAGCCAAGCGUUCUCGAACAACUGGCAAGGCCGUGCACCUCGAGUCACAUGAUACCUUGGAAAGCUUAGAAAUUGCUGUUGCUAACAUGGCAGAAUUUGUUGUGCUUCUGGGUGGAUGCGACCGCAUGUCUCGUAGGCCAUACAACGUUUAUCUUUACACCGAAAACUUCAUGUUCGGCCGGCAUGCUGAGAAGCAGAAGCUCUUGAGCUUCUUGCUGCAGCACAGUGACCCUCAUGGUGAUCAUGCACCGGCCAUUCUUCCAGUCAUAGGUGGUGCCUCGGUAGGAAAGAAAACUUUGGUUGCUCAUGUGUGUGGCGACGAAAGAGUUCACUCACGCUUCUCCUCCAUUUUGCACUUGAAUGGAGACAGCUUUAUGAGGAUACUUGACAACGGAAGGAGCAUGUUUGGGAUGGUGCUGGUGGUUAUUACGUUUUCUUCUGAUAUAGGAGACGAUGAUUGGAAAAAGUUUCACUCCUUUGUCAUAACAAUGGGCAGAGGAAGCAAGAUCAUCAUCAUAAGUAGACUUCAAAGUCUAGCUCGAUUUGGAUCGGUGAAACCGAUUUUCCUAACUGUUCUGUCUUAUGACGAGCUGAGGUACCUUUUCAAGACACUAGUAUUUGGAAGUGUAGACCCCAUGCAACAUCCACGGCUCGUAGAAAUAGCAGAUGAAUAUGUCAAGGUGUUGCACAGUACACAAGGUUCACUUGUCGCAAUAAAUAUGUUCGCGGAUGUGUUGAGAAGGAACCUCAAUGUUCAGUUCUGGCGUGGUAUAUUGGAAAGGGGGUUACGAAUGGUUAAAAGAAACCUCUCCAUAUACGGUGUGCACCCAACCAUCCUUAUAGAACAAGGCCAUCCGGUGGACAUAACGGACUUUGCUUUGCAUCCACUUAGCAUGACACGUUAUACAGUUAAUGUUUCAACCAAGAAGGAAUCGCCAAGCGUGACAUUUGGCCAAUUGAUAACAGAUCCUAGUGUUAGACCGAAAGAAGAUUUCAUUUUAAUUUCAUGGGAAUCAAGGAUACCCCCUCAUACCUCGUUUGCUCGUUUUGUUACGAGUCAUGCUCAGGAUACACAUGAAGGGCCAGGGAGGAAGCGACGAGGAGUGCCUAUGUAA